GGAACCUCGACGAAAUUGCUAUCCCUAAAAGUCAACGUUGGAAACUGGAUUUGAUUAAUAAAGCUCUUCGGAAGAUGUUGAUGGAGAUGAUCCAUCCUCUCAAAGAUUGCAAGCAACUUCGGAUACUUGCAAAGGCAGGCCAAAGGCUCAGUUUGUCCAAGUACGUGUAAAGAAAAAUCAGAAUGGAUACCUCCAAUUCGACUGGUCAGAUUGAGAGUGCUGCUGCAUUACCAUUAGCAUCCCCUGGUGUCGAUUGCCAGGCUACUCAGCUAGCAGAUCAGACCAAGGAGGAACCUACAAAGGGCAUAGAUCUGGAUGUUUUCAACGCUGCGAAACAAGGCAACGUCGAUGCCCUAAGGGAACACGGAGAGCAUCUUGACCUAAAACUCACUGCAACGAAAAACACAGUGCUCCAUAUUUACAUAGCGUGCUCAAGCAGCCCAACGUUCAACGAAUCCGAGAAACAAGUACUCGAGUCAACCAACAUCGUGGAGGAUAUCCUUAAAACUUGUCCAGCACUGCUGUUGCAGCAGAAUGAGAGUGGUGAGACUGCGUUACACAUUGCCGCGAGACACGGGCGUGCUGGAAUAGUUGGAGCUCUAAUCCGAGCUGCAAAAGCUCGUCAAGACGACCUCGAGAAAGGGGUGUUAUCGGAAGAAGCAUGGAAGAUGCUCAUAAGGGCAACCAACAACGGCAAGGACACGGCCUUGCACGAGGCGGUUCGAUUUAAUCACUUUGCAGUGGUGGAGAUAUUGACAAGAGAUGAUCCAGAGUGUCUGUACACCGCUAAUGGUGAUGGCGAGACUCCAAUUUACAUGGCUGUCGAGAGGGGAUAUUGUGAUUUAGUUUAUAAGAUGAUGAUGACUUGCAAAAAUCCCGUUUACAAAGGCCCUAAUGGCAGAACAGCUUUGCAUGCUGCAGUCACAAUCAAUGGCAUAGAAAUGACGAACGAAUUGUUGAAGUACACUGAAAAGGCUUUGACGAAAGAAGUAGACGAAAAGGGAUGGACUCCGCUACACUACGCUGCAUCCAUGGGUCACACUUCAAUUGUGAAGUCCUUACUAGCAGCUGAUAAAUCCGCCGCCUACAUCGGUGACAAUGAGAAGGUUACACCUCUUCACGUUGCAGCACUCGGAGGCCAUGCAGACGUAAUGAAAGAGCUUAUUGCUUGUUGCCCUGAUUGUUGCGAACUGGUGGACAGGCGCCGUCGCAACGCUCUUCACUUUUGCAGUAAGAAGCGUCAUCAUCAAGUAGAGCAACUUGUGAGACAAGAUCCAUGGCUUAGCAACGUCCUUUUGAAUGGCAAAGACGAAGACGGGAACACACCCCUCCAUCUUAUGGCUUACGCUUGGUACAACAACGCUGGGUUCAUACGUGAUGCUAGGGUUGAUAAGAUGACAUUCAACAAGGAAAAUCUCAACGCUCUUAACAUCGUUCAAGCUUUGCCUUAUUCAGAACAACAAAUAUAUCUUCAAAGCACAUUGAAAGAGAUGGUGCCAUACCAGGUCAUCGGAUUUCAAGCAACAAGGAUGGUGGCAGCAGCACAGUCGAGGAUAACAUAGGCGGCAGCCAAGUAGAGAAAAACAGAGGUGUUGGCAUCGAAG